UCUCAAGAGUAUUAGUUGGAUUUAGGGUGCAUAGAGUACUGUUUGAGCAGAAGAUACUCAAACAGCUCAGUAACACAUUCCAUUACUAAAAUGUAAAAUCUCUAAUAUUUAUUUCAUGAAACCCACAGUAAAGUCUCUCUGAGCUACACUGUAAUAAAUCAUUGCAAUAUGAAUGAUAUAAAGCAGAGACUGCAAACAGCUCGUCCUCUCGAGCUCAACUUGACUCAUUUGUGCAGCUGUGUAACCAACAAAACUAAAAAACAACUCAGCUGAGUACUGUACACUUCCACCUGUUUUCCAUCUCGUUCUGUUUUUGUUUUGAAUCCUUAAUUGGUCCAAAGUGCAAACAGGAAAUGGUUUGUCAAAUUCAUAGUCAUUAAUCCCAAUCCUCUGGUGACUUCAUCACAAAUUGGGCCCGUAUGAACCAUUUUGACUGGGAUUACUAUGGCCUGUUUAGUGAUAAAUGCAUCUUUGGGGACCAUUAUCCAACAGACGAAUCACCAAAAUGCACUGUUUACUUGCUUAAGGAUCUGAGCAGACAAAGUUCAUAAAUCAUUUUACACAGUAUCUAGACUCUGAUAAAAUAAACUUAUAUACAUCUAAUUAAGAAAGUCAAUUACACAGUCAUUUACAAUAACGCCUCAUUGCUGUCCAAAUUAAUCUGAUUAAAAUGGGGAUGUUCCUCAUUUCUCUUUCCAGUCACAAAAGGUCACUGAACUCUGUAGUGUCUGAGUGUUUCAUAUAAACUCAAAACUUAAGCUUGCAGUUCUUUAACACUGAUGCAAUUCAAACCUUGGCCGUGCUGUUGGCUUUACUAAAGUUGAUUUGGGCUGAGUACUAGGCAGUCUAUGAGGGUCUUUGCCUGCUGACUCGUCCAGCAACACGACAGCUCUAUCAUGACUUAUUUUGCUUUUCUUUUUUUUUUAUUCUGAAAAGAUCACAUAUUUCCCUGCCUUCAGGAGGACUGAUGAGAUGAUCAAAGUGGGUACAGCCCUGCUCUCCAUGGACCAAAUUAAAGGGCUUUUACUUUUAAGUUUCAAAAAGAAGCAUUAUCUCUGGAGAUCAAUGAGGAACACAUAUAUAUUUUCUGCUGUCUGUCACACGUGUUGCUGUCUGCAAUCUGCUGUUGAAGAGAGCAUCACAACAGUUACUGCUAUUAAAGGUAAUCAGGUGUGCUUACUGAGAAUGUAUUUUAAACAUUGUUCUGUUUGAAACUAAUGAUUAUAAUGGCAUGAAUGUAAUGCAUUUGCAGGCUGUAUGUGAUAUCAUUUCCUUCUUUGUCAGACUGGAGAGCUAUUUUGCAGAGGCUGUCAUCCAACAGAGGCUGUUGUGAUCAAUUAUGUCUUUUCUCAAGACUGUUUUAAAUGACUCUGUGAUCAUUCAUCCUCCAGGUUUCUACAUCAUUGGAUUUCAGACCUUUCCUUCCAUUAGUGUCUACUUCAUCUUUCUAGCAUUUGUUUAUGUGGAUACAGUGCUGUUCAACAGUCUGGUGAUCUGUGUAAUUGCCUUUAAUCAUUGCUUACACACUCUGAAAUUUCUGGCUGUUCUCAACCUUGCAGGGAUUGAUAUAAUACUGAACACAUGCACUAUUCCCAACAUGAUAAAAGUAUUCCUUAUUAAGGAUAACUUUAUUCCUUUCAACCUAUGUUUGGUGCAGAUGUUUUUCUACUAUACUUUUGCUAGUUUGGAGUCAUAUGCACUUGCUAUUCUUGCUUAUGACCGGUUUAUCGCAAUAUGUUUCCCUCUGCGUCACAACUCAAUCAACACAUUGUGGAGAAUGUGCUGUAUUGUCUGCAUGUCAUGGUUUUUUGCUGUGGUAGCCGUUACAUUCAGUAUAAUGACUGAAUUGUCUUUUUGCAGCUCUGUCAGAGUGCUCAGCUACUUCUGUGACUACGCUCCUGUGUUUGGACUCGCCUGUAAUGAUAACACGAUGCAGUGGUGGGUGGCCUCUAUGUUGUCUAUCUUUCUCCUUGCAGUACCCUUUACUUUCCUUCUUCUCUCUUAUACCAGCAUCCUGGUGACCGUGUUCAGGAUGAAAUCACUGGACAGUCGGGUGAAAGCUUUAGCCACUUGUGUCGAGCAUGUUAUUCUUGUGGCCGUAUUUUACAUUCCUCUUCUUGUUAUUUUCACAGUAGGGUUUUAUCUGAGAGUCAUUGACCCAGGCCAGCGUGUGCUCAGCCUGUCGUUGGCCUCUUCUAUCCCACCCUGCAUCAAUCCUAUUGUGUACUCUUUAAAAACCAAAUGCAUCAAAAUCAGAGUGCUGGCACUGAUCAGGCAGAAUCAAGUUGGAGUGCAACAAAAAUGCCACAAAAGUCUAAAGUAAUCCUUGAAGAAUUAGCAAAACAGAGUGAAACAAGAGCCUAAACAUGUGUGGAAUAAUGUCCGGACACAGAAACGGUGAUGCAAAAUAGGUCAUCAUCAGUUUUGUACAAGCAUUACAGCAUCAGUUCCAAGAAGGUUAACAACGCUACUAUGCUGUAAAAGACACAAUCUUGAGGCACAAUUUCAGCUCAGCCUUGGACUCAGUGGAUUAUGUGAUCACCUGGUGAACACCGUGGACUGGCCUGUCAGUUUUGACUUUUUUUUUUUUUUAGCUUUGUCUUUGUGCAACUAUCUCUGAAUGUUUAUUUCUGUGUGGAGAAAAUGGUCCUUGUUGCUAUAUUUUACAUUAUUUCCAUGUUUGGGUUUUAUGUGUGAGUUACUGAAAUGGACCAGCAUGUGCAGCACUUGUCAUUGGACUCUUGCAUCCCUGCUUCAAUCCUAUUGUGUGCAACUUAAAAAAAGAGAGACAGCAAAAAUAAGGUCUUGUAAUGUGUUUGAGCCUAGUAGAAAAAAUCAAAAUGCCAAACAACAGUGUUCCCUAUGAGAGCAACAGCAUUAAUUCUGAGAUGAAAAAUGCAGGACAUGAAGUGUGUGUAGUUUGUGGAAGAUUUUAAAAAUGUUUAUCCCCUGUUUGUUUCAAGUAACUAGUAAUAACCUUGUUUUGGGCAUUGCAUUGCAAACCCCAUGUGCUUUUAAUGUGACUUUGCACUACCUGCUUUCUUUAAAGUGAGAUACUCUAAGGCUGACAAAGUGCUUCAAACUACUGAAUUUCGUAAAUAUCUUGAUUUGUGUAACACUGCCCCCAAAUUUGUUAAAGCUGGCCCUUCUGUGGGAUGUUUUUAUUGUGUAAAGUCUGACUGUUUUUUAUUUUCCUGCCUUUAUAAUGACCAUACUAAGAGUGAUCAUUCUGUAGACAUCCAAUACACGAAACAGCAGAGCUUUGUAAUGGUUUGAAUGCGAAAACAGUGCUCUUGUACAGCAGCGUCUGUGUUUGUUUCCUUGUGUUCACUGACAUGUCACAUAUUUCCAGUUAUUUGGUGCAGGUGUGAAAAAAUGUGACACAACUUGGGAUGACACGGAAUGACAGCGGUUUAUUUUCUGUAUUGAAUUUUAAUAAUUGAAUGUUCUCGAGGUGUACAAUAACGUGAUGAAUUAUAAUCUGCAAUACAUUAAUAUAAUUAAUAUGUUUCAUCCAAAA